UCCCUCUCCUCUCCCCGUCCGGAAGCAGGAAGUGGCUCCAGUCGUACGGACUGAGCUCAGGUGUUUCAUCGUCGCAAUGCACAGGCUGAAGAUAAUCUCAGGUCACCUGUCUCCCGCCACUUCCUCCGACCACAGGCGGGAUUUAUGGAGGUCAGAAUGUGGCUCCAGAUCCGGAUCUGCGGAGAGCAGCGGUCCGGACGACGUGGUGGUGGUUCACGGACUGAGGACCGCUAUCGGGAGAGCGAAGAGAGGAUCUUUCAAGGACACCACACCUGACGAGCUGCUGAGUGCAGUGAUGACAGCUGUGCUGACAGAUGUUGGACUGUCACCCGCCGAGCUGGGGGACGUCUGUGUAGGUAACGUGCUGCAGCCUGGAGCCGGGGCUCUGAUGGCCAGAGUGGCUCACUUCCUCAGUGGGUUUCCAGACACCGUCCCGGUCUACACGGUGAACAGACAGUGCUCAUCGGGGCUUCAGGCUCUGUUCAACAUCGCAGGAGCCAUCAGAAGUGAGUGCAUGGACCUGGGCCUGGCCUGCGGUGUGGAGAGCAUGUCUCUGCGUUCAGUAGGAGACCCUGGAGACCUGAGCUCCAGGCUGAUGGACAACAACAAGGCGAGAGAUUGCAUCAUCCCCAUGGGCAUCACCUCAGAAAACGUUGCGGAGAGAUUUGGCGUCUCCAGAGAGAAGCAGGACGCCUUCGCUCUCCGCUCUCAGCAGAAAGCGGCUCGGGCUCAGGCGUCGGGACUGUUCGACCAGGAGAUCGUCCCCGUCAUCACCAAGCUCGUGGACGAUGGCGGUAAAGAGCGAGAGGUGACGGUGCGGCGAGACGACGGCGUCAGACCUGGGACCAGUCUGGAGGGACUCGGGAAACUGCGUCCGGCCUUCAAACCUGGCGGCAGCACCACGGCAGGUAACUCCAGCCAGGUGAGUGACGGAGCAGCGGCCGUGCUGAUUGGUCGCAGGUCAGCGGUGGAGGCUCUGGGUCUGCCGGUGCUGGGGGUCCUGAGGGCCAGUGCGGUGGUGGGGGUUCCUCCUGAUGUCAUGGGGAUCGGACCGGCGUUCGCCAUCCCUGCAGCUCUGGAGCAAGCUGGACUGACGGUGGCCGACAUCGACGUGUUUGAGAUCAACGAGGCCUUCGCCAGUCAGGCCGUGUACUGCGUGGAGAAGCUGGGGAUCCCGCUGGAGAAGGUGAACCCUAACGGAGGCGCCAUCGCCCUGGGUCACCCUCUGGGCUGCACCGGAGCCCGACAGGUGGUGACGCUGCUCAACGAGCUCAAGCGCAGAGGCAGGAGGGCGUACGGCGUCGUGUCCAUGUGCAUCGGGACCGGGAUGGGAGCCGCCGCCGUCUUCGAAUACCCGGGGCCGUAGGAGCCGACUGCUCAUCAAGACCGUGUGACUGUGAUUGAUUGACCUGCUGAAAGUUAAUCUGACACUUCGCUCAGGUGUGACUAAACGAGACCAGAGCCGCAGGGACUAAUUGAUGAGAUGAUAAUUAAUCCGUUUGAACUUUGGAACGUUGCUUGAAUAAAAACCUGAAACUCUU